UCUGAACAAAGAAAAUGAAACUGUUUACAAUCUCCCACUCGAACUUUAUCAAAGUUAAUAGCAGGAACAUUGAUUUUAAAAACUUUCUUGGUCAUAUCUGGAAACCGGAAGCUUAUUAUAAGAACCAACUGUUCAAAGAAGUAUGGACAAAAAAGCGACCGGGACUGUUGCGGCAGUAUAUUGCUGAAGUUGCACUCACUCAGGCACACCAAGGCCAAAAAACAUCAGUUAUAGAGGUGACACCAGCAAUGACUCUUUCAUCACCAGUUCAGUUGACACCAACAAUGACUCAUUCAUCACCAGUUCAGGUGAUACCGGAAAUGACCCCUGCAUCACCAGUUCAGGUGAUACCGGAAAUGACCCCUGCAUCACCAGUUCAGUUGACACCAACAAUGACUCAUUCAUCACCAGUUCAGGUGAUACCGGAAAUGAUCCCUGCAUCACCAGUUCAGGUGAUACCAGCAAUGACCCUUACAUCACCAGUUCAGGUGACAGCAGCAAUGACCCCAGCAUCACUAUCACUAUCCCCAUCAAUUCUGGUACCCCACUGGCUGGAGGAACAAACCCCACAAACAGUAUCUCCUGCUGCUUCAGAACAUUUAGAUAGGAACUUUCAGUCCAUAUGGAGCAUUGAGUCGUCUCCGCUGUCAACAGAAUCAUCUACUUCAUCGGAGAGUACCUCAUCUGGGAGGUUAUCUCUACCAUUUGGAGUCGUACAACCUGGUAGUCCUUACCCUGACUACCAGAUCAGGAAGUGUUCGAUCCAUACUCCCCACAUCUCAUUCCUCAUCCUUGACCCCCGCAUUGUCACAUUUACCAAAGAACCCAGUGGUAUGUUCAAGGUCCUGGGGAGCGGGGUAUCAGGAAGUGUGUACCACGCCAGUCUCCUGUCGUCUGGAUACCAGCUCGCCGUAAAACUAUACCAUCAGGCAGAGCUGGUGCCGCACACAAUAGUCAAUGAAGGGAUGAUAAUGGCUCUCCUACAGAACACGGGUGUGGUGCCGAAAUUCUUUGGAGUGCUGCAGGAGCCAGGGGACAUACAAAAAUUCACUCUUGUCCAGGAGUUUUUUGGUGAUGGUAUGACAUUGUAUAAACUCAUUGGGAUGAUGAACAAACAUCAAAUUACUUUGAACGAAAAAGAGACCAUCACCCUAUGUUACAGACUGGUUCAUGCACUUAAGGUCAUCCAUUCCAGAGGGGUAUUGGUAAACGAUUUGAAAAAUGACAAUGUCCUGGUGGAUGUAUCCAACAAGGAAUUCAAUAUCAGAUACAUCGAUUUUGGUUUGGCUACAUUUGGUGUCGGAAUGACCUAUGAAAAAUCCUACGAACCAAAUUCUGACAUUAAAUACAGUUUUUUGGCACCAGAGGUCAGACAGGGAGACAAUCCAACCUGUGUGGCUGCAGACAUCUACAGUUUAGGGAUACUAAUUGGCGAAAUCGGCUGGAGAAUCGACGAAUUAGAGGACAUUAGUGAAAGAUGUACAGAUCAAGUUGCCCUCGCAAGGCCGAGCAUGGACGAACUUGUCAUGAUGAUGGAUGGUCUAGUCAACCUCACUAAUUAGAACUGUACAUCCUUUUUCUGUCCUCAUCAAGGCCUGACUCCGGAAAUAUUGAGGCCAUUACUUUACAUCAAUAUAGAUAAAUUAUUUGAAAAUAAUAAGUACACAAGUAAUUUUCAGGCCUGGAGUAAUCAUAAAAACUUAUCAAUCCGGUCUGUUGUCAAUAGAUAUGUCGCCUAUGAACUUUUUUAAAUUCAGUGCAUUCUGUCCCUCUGUUCACUUACCUAUAAAAACCAUAUGUUUAUCACAAA